AUGCCGCCAACACAACAAGAGCUCUCGCUUCUCAUCCACCCUCUUGUCCCCGAGUCUGUCCAACACAACGCCCGAGUCCUCUCCCAGCUCCGCUCCCUAACAUCCUUCCUCCUCGGCAUCUCCGCCGGCAUUCUCGGACUCCAAUCCGCAUACGGCUUUGCGUUUUACUUCCUCGGCACUUUGCUCGUUUCUGCACUCGUUCAAGUUCUUGUUAUUAAACCAUCGGGUUCUACAGCCGGUGCAUUUUUUCCAGGUUCAAGCGGUGGCGAGGUUGAAGGGAUUGAUGCGACAGGGAAAAUUGGAGGAAAAGGGAACGGGAAAGGAAAGGGGAAAUCAAUUGAGAGAAAGGGUGCCUGGAGAGAUGUUUUGCUGGGUGGUGGGGUCAUGUCGGAGGCUUUGAGUGGGUUUGUUUUGGGAUGGGCUGGUGUAGGAGGUGUGUUGAGGUAG